GAGUGCGUUUUCCAGGGCUCAAAAGCUAACGGCGGCCAAGCUGUGUCCUCUGUCUCUCCGUUCUGCCUUCUUUCCCCAUGACUGCGCUCUCCUCCAUCAAGGUUGCCCUGGGACGCACUGCGUUCAUCACUGGCGGUGGCCAGGGUAUUGGCCGCGCUAUUGCCCUCCGUCUCGCCCGUGACGGCCACGAUAUCUCCAUCGCGGACAUUCCGGCGGCGCAGGCGCGAGUCGACGAAGUCGUCAAGGAGAUCCAGUCAUACGGACGCAAGGCUAUCUUUGUCACGGCCGACGUACGAGAGCCAAAACAAAUUUAUGCGGCUGUCGAAGAGACUGUGGAAAAGCUUGGCCCUAAUCUUUUUGUCAGCGUCGCCAACGCCGGUGUCACUCAAGUCAAACCACUCCUUGAGUGCACGCCCGAGUUCAUGGAGAACGAGAUCCGUAUCAACCUUCUCGGCUUCAUGAAUACACACAUUGCUGCUGCACGGCAAAUGGUGAAGCAAAAAGGUGGCGGGCGCAUUCUUGGCGCAGGGUCAAUCGCCUCGUAUCGCACAGCAGAGAAUCUCGGUCCCUACGGCGCGACCAAGUUCGCCGUUCGUGCUUUCACCGAGGCCGCUGCGAGGGAGUGGGCGCAGUACGGCAUUCGCGUGAACGCAUACGGCCCCGGUAUCGUCGACACGCCAAUGUGGGAUCACAUCGACCGCGAGCUCGCGCGCAUCGAAGGCAUUGACAUCGGUGCGGCCAAAGAAAUUCGCGUCAAGCGCGAUAUCAAGCUAGGUCGUAUCCAGCAGCCAGAGGACGUCGCCAAACUUGUAUCGUUCCUCGUCUCAGACGAAGGCGAGUACAUUACGGGCCAAACAAUCAAGACGUGUGGCGGGGCAUCGCUCUAGAAUUGCGCCGCCUUCACAUAGGAAUUGUUCCGUGACCAGAAAUCAGCGGCGUUAAGACGCAUUGUACAUCUGAUGCUUAGAUAUGGUAUAGACUUUCCUCUGGGUUCAUGGGAAGGGCAUGCGACUAUUCUUGUUUACACCUCGGAAUGAAUGGAUGUUUUAUCAGGUC